AGACCUUUGAAACGAAUUCAACUGAAUUUCACUUCACUGCAUAAAUUGUUUUUCGUGUAUCUAUCAAUUCGUCUUUUUGUGGAUGGCGCGGAGGAAUAUAUAAUACAACCAACUGCUUGGUAUUACAUGGAGUAUCUUGGGGAGUCAAAAGCGUUCCUUGGUUUAACUCUAGCUGCCUUUUCCACUGCAACCUGUAUCUUCGCGCCUUUGUUUGGGAUUUUAGAGGUGAAGUCUCACGAUUUGAAGGCAAUCAUUGUCAUAUCCGCUUCAGCUAAGUUAUUUGGUAAUCUGCUUUAUUCAAUUCCUUUCAACGGAUACUUUCCUUUGUUUGGAAGAUUCAUAAGUGGAAUUGGUGAAAGUACAAUAGGCGUUCUUUACGGAGCCGUGAUAAAAUGUACCACCAACAAAAAUCGUGCCAAAGCUUUUCUAUAUUUUGAAGGUCUCUAUACUGUUGGUGCAAUGUUCGGCCCUUCUAUUGGUAGUGUUAUCGUAUUCAACGUGAACAUAUUUGGUUGGGAAAUCAACGCAGGGAAUUCACCAGGGGUAUUACUGGUCACCGUUUGGGUAUUUCUGCUUAUGCUAGCAGUGUUCUUGCCAUCUGAUCUAGCAGAAAACUCACAGGCUGAGGAGAUUCAGCAGGACCCAGAUAGUGACAAAAAUAGUGGUGACGAGAUUAUUGAAGAAGAAAGUAGUAUCAGUUGUACCCCCUCGACUGUCGGUUGUUUAUAUUAUCUAGCCUUUCUAACUGUGGUUUGCUACAGUGUGAUUUCAUUUUAUACUCCAUUGCUAGCCGUAUAUCAUCUUGGACUGAAACUCAUUCACGUGAAAUUAAUUUACGUCAACAGUUCAUUGGCUGUCUUCAUUUUAUACAUUGCUACCUAUCUCAUCUUGCACAAGAUCUCCGAAAAGAAGUGUUUUUUUGUUGCGUUCGUUUCUGCGAUCGUCCCAAUAUCAAUCACAUUCUAUUUUGCCCUCAUGUGGAACAAUGCGAUUACCGCUAAUGCAGCUUAUCUUCUCCUUAUUUCCAUGAUUAUUAUGAGUGUAAAGUUUAUGAACUUCGCCUUAGCGUGUUCAUUGUUGUCAAAAAUAACACCAUCGAACAGAGCCGCAUUUUAUCAAAGUCUUAUUUUUACUUCAAACAAUAUAGGCAUGAUUGUUGCACGUGUAAUAGCUGGUGCAACAUUUGACAAAAUACCUAUGAUUUGCAGUUGUCUUGGCCUGGUAACUGUCUGGGUAUUUGGAGUUAUAUGGAUGGCUUUUGAAUAUAAGAACCUACCUCCAAAAGCUUCAAUUGAUAAAUAAAUCUUUGAUGAACUUUUACCAGUCUAUUCCUGAUACACGCGAUCGGCUAUUAUCACCAUGCAGUAGUGCUUUACAAAUAGUCGAACAGGGUGAAACAAUUCGGUAAUAUGUUUUCUGUAUAGUAAUAAUAUAAGUAUAUAUUUAAUAUUGCAAUAAUAAGUAUACGUGCAGGUAUUUCCCCGAACCAAAACUUCUAUGUUACAUACAUUCUAUGUUAUUGGCCUAAAAAGUGCAACACUAAAUAAUAUAAAUAAUGAUUCAACAAUAUCGUUAACUAUACGAAUAAUAUUGCUGAAGAAUUAGAAUGAAUUGGACAUAAUGUGCUCAUCAGGGGUAAUAUAAAGAUGAUAUGUAGCUCCUCUAAACAGGUGGAGGAAUUGUCCUCGCUGACCAAAUUUAUCGCGCGCGCUUUCUUCUUAUUGCCCUGGUUCCAGAGACUCUUUGCGAGAGGAAGAGCCUCUGGUCACAUCGGUUGCAAGUCCCACUUCCACACUUGAUUAGGUUCAGAAUUUGAAUCUUGCAUUUGAUUGGCCAUUUGUA